AUGUCAUCUGAUGAAGAUGUAGCGAUUUGCAUGUGGUACACAUUACAAAAUUUAGAACAGAAUCAUAAAAAAAAAAAGUUAUGGAUUCAUCCGUUAAAUAAAAAACGUAUCACUCAUAAUGUAAUUUUAACUUUAUUAUGCGAACUACGUUCAGACGAAAGUAAAUUUAAAAAUUAUACACGUGUAAGUAGUGUUACAUUUGAUUUUAUACUGCAAGAAAUAGGAGAAGAAAUAAGGAAAGAAGAUACAAAUUUUAGAAAAAGUAUUUCUCCUGAGGAAAGGCUUUUGGUUACACUGAGGUAA